AUGGCGGCUUAUGGAGCUCUGGUUUCUCUUAUGCAUAUCAUAGAUCGCCUUGAAAAACAUCCUUCCCCUCCAAUUUCUAUCCACAAACAGCAAGUUGAAUCUCUCACUCAAAAUGUGACCUUCUUGCAGGAAUUUCUUGAUGCUUAUAUUUCCCCAGUUGUGGAUGACCAUGAGGCGGAUCCAUUGGAGCGUCGCAUUGCUGAUGCAGUUUAUGCAGCUGAGGAUGUCAUCGAAUCCCAAAUUGUGCUUCAAAUUGAUAAUCGAUCCAAAAUUCCUGGGAAGAUGUCCAGUUUUAUCAACUUGUUUCGAGCUCGGUGCAAAUGCUCAACUAUUGAUAGAAAUGAAUUGGAGGUCGGUGUAAAUGCAGCUGAGGACUUCUAUCACGAUCUGCAACAAGUGAUAGAAGAAAUGAAUUCAAUCUCAACCGCAGCUGAUCAACUGCAGAGAAAGGUCUCCUCAACUCAUGCUGCCUCCUCUUCCACUGUUAUCAAGAAGGAUGUCUUGGAGAUUGUUGCCGCAGCUCAACUGCCGAGAAAGGUCUCCUCAACUCAUGCUGCCUCCUCUUCCUCUGUGAAGGAAAGCAUGAUGGUGGGCUUCAAGGAGGUGUUACUUGAAGUGCUGGAUAAGCUCACCGGAGGCCAACGCAGUCGCAAAAUCAUCCCAAUCAUGGGGAUGGGCGGCAUUGGUAAGACCACUCUUGCCCGACAUCUAUUUGAGCAUGCGCUUGUUAAAGAGCAUUUUGAUAUUUGUGCUUGGACUACAAUUUCUCAAACUUAUAAUGUGAGAGAAACACUUAGAGAAGUUCUUUUCCAAGCAAGUGGGGAUUCGGGUAGUGAUCUGAAUGAGGUUGAAUUGGGAGAAAAAUUGUAUAAGUAUUUAUACGAUAGGAGGUAUCUCAUAAUUAUGGAUGAUAUGUGGAGUAUAGAGGUGUGGGACAAGAUCAGGUCUUCCUUUCCUGAUUGCAAUGAUGGGAGUCGAAUCAUUGUAACAACUAGGCUGUCAAACUUGACUUCGCAGUUGGGUGAGUCUUAUGGCGUUGGUAUGAAAUUUCUAGAUGAGGCUAGUAGUUGGGAUUUGUUCACCAACACUGUGUUUGGGGGAGAAAGUUUCCCUCAUGAGUUGGAGAACAUCGGAAAGAAUAUUGUAGCAAAUUGUAAAGGGCUUCCUUUAUCAAUUGCUACAAUUGGAGGUCUUUUGGCAAAAUCUGACCGUACAAGAGAAUAUUGGGUGCGUAUAGAGCAAAAUUUAAAUUCAAUUGUGAUUACGAAUAAUGAUGAAUUUUGCUUGAAAAUAUUGCGAUUGAGCUAUACCUAUCUGCCCAACUAUUUGAAGCCAUGUUUUUUGUAUAUGGGUGUUUUUGAGGAAGAUCGUAGAAUUCGUGUCUCAAUGCUGAAGAAGCUAUGGGUUUCUGAAGGAUUUUUGAAACCCGUGAGUGGAAAAUGUUUGGAAACAAUAGCAGAUGAGUACUUGAAGGAGUUGGUAGAUAGAAAUCCACUACUAGAAAAACGCACAUAG